AUGUUGCUGCAUGAGCCGGAGACGGACCUAAUUGCGACUACGGACCUAGUUGCGACUACGGCGGCACCGGAUAAGCCGAUAGUCUGCGAAUCAUGCUACGUUGUUAUGGAAUGUGCCUACACGGCGAUGUUUGCUUGGAUGCUCAUAGAAGGCAUUUAUAUACGAUAUCUGGUCUCCAAACAGAUCAUGAAAUCUUUCCAUUUCAAGAUUUAUUGCUGGUUAGCUUGGGGAGCGACAAUAUUUUUCACUACCGUCUGGGCUCUUUCUACUAGGUCUUAUCAUGCUGAUGAAACUUCAGUGAAGGUUGUCACGAUCCUAACACCACUGCUUGGCAUCAUCAAUAUUUUGAAUAUGAUUGAUAUAUCGAUCUAUUCACCGACUUGGAAAUUUGCUCUCUGGCUUUACGUCUCUCAUUUCUUGAGAUCCUUCCAAGGUUGCUUCCUUUCACUAUUCUACUGCAUCUUCAAUGGAGAGGUUCGCAAGACCCUGAAACGCAAGAUUAAGGCUCUGAGAUUUUGGAAAUGCUUCUCAUGGGAAUGCUUCUCAUGGGAAUGCUUCUCAUGGGACUGCUUCUCAUGGGACUGCUUCUCAUGGGACUGCUUCUCAUGGGACUGUUUCUCAUGGGAAUGCUUCUCAUGGGAAUGCUUCUCAUGGAAAUGGUUCUCAUGGAAACGCCCAGUGAAUGAGGAACGCCCAGUGGUUAAUCAUAUUCUCUCUGACGAGCUCAUGGAUAGUGUCCCACCGCCACCAUUCUUUCGCAUUGAUGCUGAUGGAAAUCCGACUACGAGACUUGAAUGUGGUUGCAAACCCAUGAUUGAAGCUCACCACUGCUGCCGCUGCGCUUUGGAAAGGGAAUGCGAUAUGGAAAUGACUGAAUGCUGCGAUGUGCUUUGCGAUGAAUCAGCCCCUAUGCCCCCAUGCUGCAUGCAACAACGCCCGUCCCGGAUGGUGGUGUACCCUGAGAUUCACCCCGAACCACAAAGGAGACAGCGCUCGGAACCGAUUGAAAUAAUUGAAAUGAUUGAAACAACAGUUUAA